GUUGUUGAUGUUCGCCCGAUGUGCGCAUGCGCGGUGCCAGAGCUCCGUUUGUGCCCGUUUAUGCCCCGACAUCCUCCGACCGCAGCUCCCCGUGCCCCGUGCCCACAUACCCGGACCUGACCCCGCGGAUGAGCGCUCCCUCUGCGGCCCCGAGCACCGAGCAUCAUCCCCCCCUCCGGAGCCGUGAGUGAGUGACCGAGCGAGCGAGCCGCGGACCCGAGACCCGAGGCCUGUUUCUCGGCCGGACUCUCCGUAUGUGAGCGGCCUCUUGACACCCAGAAGAGGCCGGUACCGCGGAGCUUCUCUACACCCCCGCCGUCCUCCCCGUUUUAUGAGCCCGAGCCCGGCCGCUGCGAGCCCCUCCAUGUGGGUGAGGGACCUGUGUGUGUCCGACUAUGGCCCGAAAAACAGUUAGCAGGAAAAGGAAGGCCGCGGAGCCCAAAGACCAACAACAACAACAACAACAGGUGGGCUGGUGCCUGAAGCGCUCCCGCCUCGCCCGCCCCUCCCUGCGCUGGCACCCGCGCCCGUCGGUGGUGUGCGCCGUCCGGGGCAGAGAGUUCCGGCCUCAGCUGCAGGUCGAAGGUCGUCUCCGAGGCGUCGCCGCCGCCCGUCUCCCCGGGAUCCUGCGAGAGCGACAGCUGUCCCUGGGACGCCUCAACAAAGUGUUCGCUUCACAAUGGCUCAACCAGAGGCAGGUGGUGUGUGGCACCAAGUGCAACACGUUGUUCGUGGUGGACGUCCUGAGCGGUCAGAUCACGAGGAUCCCCAUGCUGAGGGACCGGGAGACGUCCCUGGGCUCCGGCGGCUCCGUGGUGAGGUACUCUGCUCGCUCGCGCCCCCGUCUGGAGCACAUGGGCUGCGGCAUCCACGCCAUCGAGCUGAACCCGUCCAGGACGCUGCUCGCCACCGGAGGAGACAACCCCAACAGCCUGGCGGUGUACCAGCUGCCCACGCUCGACCCCGUGUGUGUGGGAGACGACGGACACGAUGACUGGAUCUUCUCCAUCGCGUGGAUCAGCGACUCUAUGGCCGUCUCAGGUUCUCGCGACGGCUCCAUGGGCCUGUGGGAGGUGACGGAGAAGGUCCUGUGCGAGUCUCAGCUCAGUCACAGCGAGGACGCCGUGGUCCCGUCCUACGCCCACAUCUCCCACCGAGCGCUGAAGGACAUCCCCAAGGAGACCACCAACCCGUACAACUGCAAGGUCCGAGCGCUGGCCUUCAACGGGAACCAAAAGGAGUUGGGCGCCGUGUCUUUGGACGGUUAUUUCCACCUGUGGAAGGCAGAACACAACUUGUGCAAGAUUUUGUCGACGAAGCUGCCGCACUGUAAGGAGAACGUGUGCCUGGCGUACGGCGAGGACUGGUCCGUGUACGCCGUGGGCUCGCAGGCUCACGUCUCCUUCCUGGACCCGAGACAACCUCCGAGCUCCAUCAAGUCCGUGAGCUCCAGGGAGAGGGGCAGCGGGAUCCGCUCCGUGAGUUUCUACGAGCACAUCGUCACCGUGGGAACAGGACAGGGCUCUCUGCUCUUCUACGACAUCCGCGCGCAGAGGUUCCUGGAGAAUCCUCUGGUCUCCGGAUACAGGAAGGGCGUGUCCGAGGGCGUCCUCAAACUCACCACGGGCAAGGGCUGGCUGAAUCACGACGAGACGUGGAGGAGUUACUUCUCGGACAUUCACUCGUUCCCCAACGCCGUCUACACCCACUGCUACGACCAGUCCGGCACCAAGCUCUUCGUGGCCGGGGGUCCGCUCUGCUCCGGUCUCCAUGGCAACUACGCCGGCCUCUGGAGCUAACGCCGCCUCCUCUUCAUCCUCUGCACCUCCUCCUCCUCCUCUUCAUCCUCUGCCCCUCCUCCUCCUCCUCUUCAUCUGCACCUCCUCCUCAUCUUCUGCUCCAGUCUCCAUGGAAACUUAGCCGGGCUCUGGAGCGAACAACACUUCCUCUGCACCUCCUCCUCUGCUCCUCUGACCCAAAAGCUCAUCCCAGUCCUCUCCUCUUCUCCUCCUCCUCUUCUCCUCUUCUUCUCUUCCUCCACAUCUCCAACCCGCCGCUGCCUGGAGGUGCAACCAUCUUCUUUGCCCCCUCCUCCUCCUCUGCAUCAUCUGCUCCUCCUUCUCCUCCUCUUCUCCUCCUCUGCUCCUUUGGCCCACGGCGUUGAAGCAAGCACCUUCGUCCUCCUCUUCCUCUGUCUCCAGAGACCCAGGGAGCGAUCCUCUGCUGCUCCUCCUCCUCCUCCUCCUCCUCUUGAGCGCCCCCUUCAGCCGAGGAGGAGGAAAAAAAGACGGUGAACUUCCCGAACGCGAUGGAUUUUUGUAUGAAACACGGAUGGACUUUUCCCGACGCGACGACGAGGCAAUAACCACGACGAAGGAGGAGGAAGAGUCUUGACCAAUCACUAAAGACUUCACGUUCUGUCCCCGCGGAACUAAAACGAGCGAAACGGCGGCGCCCCCCCGAUCACCUCCAGGAGACCGCCGCCGCCGCCGCCGCCGCCGCCCGCGAGCGUCUCCAAGAUGAUGAACAGUUUUGAACGUGUUUUGAAUAAGAUUUGAUUGAAUUGUAUUGGACGGCGCGCUGUGUAUCCUCUGUGUGUGUGUGUUGUGUAACCUCUGUGCGUGUGCGUUGUGCGCCCGUGUAUUUAUUUUCCCGUUUUUGUUUUCGCUCCUGAAUGCAUCACGACCUCUGACCUCUCUGCUUUUCUCUCGGUCAAAGUCUCUCUGUAAAAAAACAAAAAAAACAAAAAUCAACUAAAACGACAAAAAACGCCUCAGAAUCAUCGGGUUUAAAGCCAACUAAAGGCGCACUGCGGGACUUUUCCGGUCGAGGGACUCUGCCAGACGCUCGUUUCCAUGGCGAUGUUGUCGCAGUGUUCCAGAGUGUGGCAUUAAACCGUCAGAGCGCAGGUUUUUAAAGGUUUUUUUUUAGCUACGAAAACACUCAUAACGGAAUAAAUAAAUAUAAUCUUAUAUAAGUUUUAAUGCCGUAUUGCGGAACUUUUAGUAUUUACAGGCGAAGCAGUAGCGUCUCCACGGUGACGGACGCCCGAGCAACCUGAAAAGUUACACGGCGAGCUUUUUAAAUCUUCAGACGGUGAAUUAUGAAACACGAUGUUUCAGAAUGUUGCCUAACAAAAUCAUCGUGUUUAAAGCCGACUAAAGGUGCACUGCGGGACUUUUCCGGUCGAGGGACUCUGCCAGACGCUCGUUUCCAUGGAGAUGUUGUCGCUUUACCUGCAGAGUGCCGAAGUGUGGCAUUAAAACCCUCAGAGCGCAGGUUUUUAAAGGUUUUUUUGAGCUACGAUAAACACUCAUAACUGAAUAAAUAAAUAUAAUCUUAUAGAAGUUUUAAUGCCGUAUUGCGGAACUUUUCUGCACACGUAGGUGUCUCCAACGGUGACGGACGCACAGCAACCCGGAAAGUUACACGGCGAGCUUUUUAAAUCUUAAGACAGGGUGAAUUCCGGGACGCGAUGAUGUUUGCGCUCGAGAACCAAAGCUGUUUUUUUUUCUCGGCGUCGUCACGGCGACGUUGGGAUGAACUUUUAAAGAACCUCGCUGUGUUUGACGAAGGUUAAAGGUCGUGUGUUCUGCUUCUGUUUUGUUUGGUUCGAGCGUCGGCAGGUUUUGGUUUUUACAGUUUUGAGUCUCGUUUCUAAAGUUCUAAAACUAAGAGAACUAAACCAGGACUAAACCAGGACUAAACCAGGACUAAACCAGGACUAAACCAGGACUAAACAGAGAACGUGUUUCAGACGAUAUUAGUUUUGUCAAAAGAAUCAAAAAACAGAAUCUAAUCGAUUAUAAAACUAAUAUUGAGUUUAGUCCUGGCGUAGACCUGGUUUAGUCCUGGUUUAGUCCUGGUUUAGUUCUGGUUUAGUCCUGGUUUACUUCUUGUUCAGACCCGGGUUUAGUUCUCGUUUAGUCCUGGUUCAGUCCCAGUUUAGUUCUCGUUUAGUCCUGGUUUAGUUCUCGUUCAGAUCCGGUUUAGUUCUCGUUCAGAUCCGGUUUAGUUCUCGUUUAAACCCGGUUUACUUCUCAUUUAGUCCUGGUUCAGUCCCGGUUUAGUUCUCGUUCAGUCCUGGUUUAGUUCUCGUUUAGACCUUGUUUAGUCCUGGUUUAGUUCUGGUUUAGUUCUCGUUUAGACCCGGUUUAGUUCUGGUUCAGUUCUGUGAUACUUGUACAUUUAUUUUUAUUUUAAGCUGUAAAGUUUGUCAAGUGAAAAAGCAGAAUAUGGCACCUUUAAACUCGCCUCUCCACAGAUCUGACCUGUAACGCAGAUCGACGGGCGCGACGACGGAGCAGAACAUCUCCACGGAUCCACUGUGUUCUGGAAAAGUUCUGUAGUGCAGCUUUAAAGCCACGUCCCGCCGUUUGACCCGAGAGAGAAGAAGAAAAAAAAAAAAAAAAACUUAAUGAAAAAAAAAAAAGAUUCCACUUUUGAGCCGUGUGCCGGGUUUGGUUUGGUGUGGACAAAGUCGAGGCCACAGAUCCGACCCGUAAACGGCGGCGAGUCUGGAGUCUGGAGUUUGGGCGUUUUGGCGUUUUUGGCGCGCGGGCGUGAUUCUGCGCGUGUCCAUGCGAGGGCGACGUUUCGGUGUGUCCCACGUGUUUUUAUACUCACUCAUGUUUUUACUACGACGGAGCUUCAUGUAACACGAACGACAGACGAACAUUUGAAACGAGAAAUAAAACGACGACGUGAAUCCAAAA